AUGGACUUACUAUCCGACUCCUCCAGCCUACCCCCCAAAGGCGAAGCUGACCCCUUCCUGGUCGCUUCCUCCCCCGGUGAUCGCGCAUCAGUCCACCACGCCUUCAGCCAGGGCCAGUUCGAAGAGCUCAGACCGGCAGCGUACAACAAGACGUGGAUCAUCAGCGAGCGAUUCUGCCGCAUCGGCGACUCCGUUGACUCCUUCGAGCCCAUCCUCCACAACCUCUGGUACAUCUACUACCAAGGCGGCAGAUACCUCUCCCACGAAAGCUCCGAGCAUGACAGGCUCGUGCUCGACGUCCUGCGUACUCGCGGACGAGGGCCUCUCACCAGACUCGCACCCAGUGGGUGUGGUAUUGACAUUGCAAGAACCCCCGCCGGGGCGCUCUGGAAUGACCUCCCCUAUCUCGUGGCGGACAUGACUGAGUUCUGGGUCAACGACUGCGCGACGAUGGAGGUGGCCCAGCGUGUCAAUUUUGCUUCUUUCCUAGCUAAACUCGCGUCAACCUCCAUUGACAAAGAUAGACUCUGUCAGAUCGCCCUCCUCGUUUUCCGCGAAACCUUCGAAAACGACCGUCGCUCCCUAGGAAGCACCAACGAACCUGUCGACGACAACCCCGGUCGCACAAUGCACGAUCUCUCCAUCGCCGCCUUGCUUCCUGCUGCGUGCGCCUGGUUCCGCGAAGCGGGGUACAACAUCCUCCUCCUGUCCGAUGCGUGCUGGAACGAUACCUCCCCUAGUAUUGGGCAGGGAGGGAAGGCAUUCAUCGAGUCCGAGCUGGGUCAACGCGCCCCUGCUGGAUUCAGUCCGUGGAGAUGGAUGUACUGGCUCAAGCGACUUCAUGAGAUUGUUGAUGAGGCAGGAAAGGAGGGAGAUAAGGAUCUGGCGGAGCUCGGGAUUGAUGCUAUUGAGAUUAUGCUGGGUCAUGUUGAGGAGAGAAAUUCCAGGAUCCUUCGGGUGUUUGAGGGUGCGACUGAUUUGCAGAAGGAUGAACACUUUGUGGGUUUGAAGAAGUUGCUCAAGGAUGAUAGCGAGGAGUGA